AUGACGCAUAAUCAAGAGCUGUUAAUAAAGAAAAGCAAAAUUUACCAACAUAUUCAAUUACGGAGUUUGUCGAACAUGUCGUCCCCAAAAGCUAAGGGUAAAGAAGCGUCAAAACAAAAGGACCCGAACAAUUUUUUUAAUGACGAUGGCGAAUUGGCUUUAAAGGAACUAUCUAAUGAAAUUGGUGAACUCGAGGAAGUUAUUCUGGUUGAAGAUGAACCGGCUUUAAAGUUACCACAGCUGAGUAAUGAGUGUUGGAGCAAUUUCGUUGAAGAACUAACCGAAAGGUAUGAACGCGGUAAUCACUCGAAUGCACAUAAAAUCAGCUCGGAAAGUGAAUUAAGCAAUCGAUUUGGAAAUACCGAGAAUACAAGUAAAGUUGCAACUACCGAUACAGAUAUAGUUGUGAGUAUUAGCAGUGAUGAAGAUGAACGUUGUAGCCCUAGGAUAAGUACAGGUAAGAUAAUAAAAACAAUAAUAGUUAUUCAGAGAGCAGCUCGUUUUAUUAAAUUAGGUGAACAAAAAAAUAUGGACAGUGGACAGCUAAGCGAUGAUUGCAAAAAAUCAGCCACGGAACCCCUGGACAGUGACAAACAACAAGACUUAUUAGGAACCAGCAAAAGAUAUGAGGACAUCAAACGCCAAGCAUAUAAAUUGACAUUUCAUCAAAUUUUAAAUCUAUUCGACAAGGAGAGGCCGGUUGCAGUAGCAAUUCCCGCCACUGCGUUAAAUGCAAUGUCUGGGUAUCCAUAUGAGCAGGAUUUCCCGGAUAUCGAUAUGAAAGAAUUUGUAAAAGCAGUAAAGCAUUUCCAAGAGUCAGAAUCCUCAGAUGAUGUAAAACACUUAUGGGACGUGGUCAAAAUUUGGUUUAGUGCAAUGAAGCCUGCGUAUGGCACUACAAAUUAUACAAAAUAUUACAAAAAACUUAACUGGUAUUUAACUGAAUUAAUGACAUAUUACAUAAAUUACGAAAUUGAAAUUAUCGGACAAAAUGAGAAUAACUAUAAGAUGAAAGUAGAAUCACUGAUGAACACGGUAUCGUCGUUGUUAAAUGACGACGUUAAGCUAAAAAUUUUGACUUUGCUACGUAUAGAUUUUCCAGAAAAAAUGGGCAAUUUAUUGGAUGAUAUGUUCAGAAAAUUCCUAACUCAUCCGAAAGUUCGAUUGGAGAACAGUGACUAUGCCACCUACCGUUUAAAAACUUUAGCUUUUCAAAAAUGGAUUCAUUACUCGAAUAGGAGAAAACAAGACAUCGUAGAUCUCGCUAUUCGAGAUGGUUCUGCUUAUCUACCGAAGCUUGUACCGAAAAAUGUUGAGGACCCAUUUUAUAAAGUGGAUUAUAAUGUUCAUAUUAUUGAUGAGUCCGACAAGCAGGGAACAAGAAAAUUACUGGAAGAGGAUUUAAGCCUGGAUAUACUGAAAACUACAAUUGAUAAAUAUCUUCAAGUGUAUCAAAACCAACUGAAUGAAGAUUUUGGCUUUGGAGUAUUCUGUCGAAUAGAUUUGGAGAAAGUAAGUUUAAAACACUAACGAUAUAGAAGUUAUGGAAAGAUUUAUUUCGGAACUACACCAACAAGACAUUUCGGGCGGCGGAGGCCAAAUUGUUCAAAUUCUUGCAGCAGUAGCAGUAGAACAACGCAUUUAUCAGUCGGAUAUGAUGUACAGAGAAAUAAGCUAAGUAGUCCCUUAAAAUAUAAUAGACUUAAUCGUAAGUUGUUAGGACCUAAGAACCAAAGUAGUACUAGUUUAAGUUGCACCGUUAGUGAUAAUGGUAUUAUUUCGCUCGAUUCAACCGAUGACGAAGAUGAAAAUGAGAAAAAGAGUAUCGAAAAGUCAAAUUCAAUCACUGAAAAAAUCUACCAAAGCUCACAACAACAAAUAGUGUGAACUAAAAGACAGUCAAUAGCUCGGCGCCAUAUAGGGCGCUCAAGAAUUAUAUCAAAAUAUGCCAAACCAGACGUAUCACAUGUGGUUACCACACAACCAAGAGAAUUGGACACAAUUGUAUUAGAUUCGUCAUCCGAUGGCGAAGAAACAUCGUUGACCGGGGACGCUAAAGGAAAUGAAAAUAAAAUAAGCAAUACAGUAGCCCAACAAGUUGUACCCACUGCUGAACCACAACGAGCACAACGUUCACAACGAAUGGUCUCCAUGCCCUUACGAUGCUCUCUAAUAGGAAGUGUGGCGAUAAAGCCUGUACGAAAAGAAAAACAUUGCAUUCCAGGUGAGGUCUCCAGCACCACUUCACAUGAUGUGCUCGAAUCGGAGAGCAAUAAUAACGCACCUGCAAUUACCAGUAGUGCGAGCUUAGAGGUAAAUAAUGCAAGUGCUUAUGAAAAUGCGCGUGAAGUCGGUACUGUAGAGAUACUAGAAUGUCGUAAUGUACGCCAGCCAAUUGUAAUGGCAGAAAGCUGUUUCCAGCCUGGCAAGUUACUGUUGGGCAUUGACUACAGUGGUGAUGAAAACGAUGAUGAUGAUGCCUUCGAGAGAUCCCGCGACGAUGUCACUGUUGGCAGUGAUGCCGGCGAUGAUGAUGAAAUUUCGAAUGGUUGCGUUGUGCCAGUACCAGGUUAUUCCAAAGUAGUCGAAGAGGCUACUUCAUCGACCGAAAUUUUCCCCAAAAUACAGACGCCUGAAAGCGUAGCGUUAUCGACAGCUUUGAGAGUAGUCGAAGCAGCUCCUAUAGUGGCACAUGCCACAGACAGACUUAGCGUAGCCCCCAUCAACGAAGAAGCACCGACAUGCUCCAGAUAUGCCUACAACAUUGUGUCAACACCAACGGAAUCAAAUAUCUUUACUAAAGAUGCAGUGCCGAAGGUAACGCCUCACUUAACUGAUGCUGGGCAAAAUGAAAUAAAUGUGGGCGACGGAAGUAAUGGCGAUAGCAUUAACACCAAUGCAGAAAAAUGUUCGCUUUCGAAUAAGGAUUUGAAUGCCGAGGACUGCACAACCGAGGAGCGAACUGCACGUGAAACCUCUGUUGAAAUCGCAGAAAAUAGGAAAGAAUCUAGAAUCAUUGAAAUUGAUAAUGACGAGUCAAACAUGGAAAUGUUGUCGACAUUCGAAAAAAUUACUAUUUCAGUUGAUAACGGAAUCACAGAUACAGAACAAAAGAGUCUAACAGAAAGUUUAGUGGGAAACAAUGACGUGGAUGUAGCUAAUGAGAGUUGUGGAAUUAUUAACAAUGAUAAUGAAAACGCUGAAAUCGACCAAAUUUUGGCGGAUAUAGAUGAAAAUUUGCGAAAAUCUUCCGAAAUCAACUUGACACACUUGAAAGAGAAAAAUAGGACUUAUACGAAUUACGGUGAGAAGGUACAGGAAGUUCUCCUUGUACCAGACCACUCAUCUGAUGACUUAGAUCAAAAUAAUAAAGUUGGUAGUUGUGAAACCCUUGAAGCUACCCGAACAAGUCCAGAUCUGGCGGGCGUAGAUAAUCGGAAUUCGUCGAUAAAACAAGGUAGUGAAGGCUGUGAAGUAGUCAGACGAGACGAAAUAAGUUUGGAGAUCGAAGAAAGGACCGAUGAAAAGAAAGUUGUUAAAUCAAAAUCAGAACACACUAAUUAUGUUAUAAGUAGCCAGUGUGGUGAAAAAGAACCUUUAGAAAUGUCAUGCGAAGCGGUAGAAAAAGACAAUUCUGUCAGCGACUGCAUUGAAACAUCGAAUGAGUCUGCAGCAGAGAAUAGGGUGGAAGAACACGAUUCGCACAAUAGAAGAGAGUCUGUUAUUAAGAUUGAAAACCCAGAAAAAACGAACGUAACGGAUAAAGUCGAAAGUGAAAAAGUUGAAAAGGAAUUGAAAUCGGGCGGACUAUUGAAUACAGACGCUUUGACGCAUAAUAAUGAAAAAGUAGGUGAAGGCCUUAAAAAUGAAGAGAUCAGCAGAGGCAGUGCCUCUAUCAAAAGUUCUGAGCUAAGAGCAAAUGAAGUAUGUUCAAGCCGAAUUAGCAAACUCGGUCAACUCAACGAUGAAGAUGAAUCCCUUCGUGGCAAUACAGUCCCACUAUCGGAAAACUAUAUCUCAAUAGAUGAAGAUGUACAAGACAACACGUCUAACGAUGCAUUUAAUAAGCUCUGCUCUAGUGACGCCAAUACAUCAAUGAGUUUCCGGGAUGAAAUAAAAAAAGCAGCCGAAGAAGAAGUUACUGAAGAAGCCGGCGCAACCAGCAGCGUCGGACCAAAUUCCCAUGCCAUAAUUGAGUCAGAAGUGAAAGUAGCCAUUAAUGAAAAUGAUCGCAAGAUUUCUGAAUUAAGUGAAGAUAAUCUAAUUGAGGAAACCUAUUUGCCGGCCGAUAGUGGAAUCGAUAACCUAACAGAGCUUCAACCAAUGGAAUUGCAAGCGCCAGCGGCGCUACAUAAGGACAAUAACUCAGCAGAAGAAAUACAAAGCUUAGAUCAGCUAAACGACUGUCACACCCAAGAUAGCAAUGAGACUUCCCAUCUAGAUGUUGAAGCACCAGUGGAGAAACCAAAGGCUCCGCCUACGAACGUUGAGAACGCAACAGGUAACAACGAAAAACAUCAAGCUGAUGAAGACAACACACGUUGUCUUAGCGAGGUAAAAUUACCCUGUAAUAGUCAAGAGGACUUACCCACAAAUGUCUCUUCAAUAAGUAAAGUUAGCGAAAUCAAACCACGUGACACUGAAAGCUCUGAUUCGUUGAAAGAAAUCGAAGUUUUAUACAAACCAAAGGAAAGUAAAGUCGAUCAAGUGAAUGUUUCUAAUACACUACCCACUUCUAAUCAGGACAUAUCAGCGGGCACAUACGCGUCAGAAAAAGAACCAUGCAAGCAGCUUAGCGCAGGUGAUCAAAUACAUGAGGAUAAAGAAGCAGCGAUUAAAAUCGCUGAUCCUCUAAUAGAAGUUGAACCAAAUGAAGCUAAGAAAGAUCCAAAUGAAGUUAAGAAAGAUCCAAAUGAACACAGUGAGGACCAUCUUCAAAAGGCUAAAACCGUAACAAAUUUUCAUCAUGAUUUACUUGAAAAUAGUACAAUAAACGAAAAUGUAUUUCAUCAGGAUUCGCCAUUAAGCAGUAAUUCAAAUGAAAAUGAACGGCAAGUCGAUAUAAUGGACGAUUCCUUCAUCAAAUACCCGAGUCAAACUAGCAAUUUCGGAGAGGUAUCACCCAUUAUAAUAGAAAGAGCAGAAGAGCCUCAGGUGGAAGACUCUCUUCCAAGCGAUGAUAAAGCAAUACCGCUAAUAAUUCAGCAUUCGCUUACAACGUCUGAUGGUGCAAUUGACGAAGAUGUGCUUGGUGUACCAAAUGAAACCAAAACGGAUAAGAGUAUUGCAUCUCGUCCUGCAUCUGAAACUCCACUAGAAGAGGAAAUGGUUGAUACAUCAAAUGAAACCAAAACGAAUAGGAGUAUUGCAUCUCGUCCUGCAUCUGAAACUCCAAUUGACGAAGAAAUGCUUAGUACAUCAAAUGAAACCAAAACGGAUAGGAGUAUUCCAUCUCGUCCCGCAUCUGAAACUACAUUUGAAGAGGAAAUGGUUGAUACAUCAAAUGAAACCACAACGGAUAGGAGUAUUGCAUCUCGGCCUGCAUCUGAAACUCCACUAGAAGAGGAAAUGGUUGGUACAUCAAAUGAAACCAAAACGGAUAGGAGUAUUGCAUCUCGUUCUGCAUUUGAAACUCCACUUGAAGAGGAAAUGGUUGGUACUCCAAAUGAAACCAAAACGGAUAACCGCAUUGCAUCUCGUCCUGCACCUGAAACUCCAAUUGACGAAGAAAUGGAUGGUGCACCAAAUGAAACCAAAACGGAUUGCACUAUUGUAUCAGAUUCUACUAACGUUGUGGCAUUACCUUUAGGCACUGGAAGCUCGCAUACAUCGCCAGAACAGAUUGACAAAACUGUCCACAUAGGUGAAGAAAAAGUUCAUGAAAUAAUGUGUCACAUUAAUAUAGAAGUGCUACCGAACAGUGUUAAGGAUUCUAUUAAAAAGUACAGCGCUUCCCAGUAUACUGAAAACUCGUUACUUAAUAAAAAAAUUGAUGAUAAAUCUUCGAAAGGCGACAGUGAGGUAAUUCAAGCUGUGAAUAUAAAUAAAGACUUGUGCACUUCAGUAGAAGAAGAAUCUAAACAUUCUAACAAAUUAAAAAUUAAAGAAACUGCUACUGACAAUGAGAAAACAUCAGCAACUAACUCGAUGGAGUCUGCUGAGUCUGAGCUAGAAAGGCAUAAAUCCUUGUGGGAAGAUGUGGAAUCAGCGAGUGAAAUACAAGCUUCACUUACAAAUACUGGCUCUACCGAAAAAUUAACAGAAUGUGAUGAAAUAAACGCGACAUGCUCCGUUCGCGCUGAGGCUACAUCGAGCACCAUUGAGGAGUUACAUGCCGACACUGAACCAUUAGUACAAAAAGAAGUGCAUGAAUUCUGUUCUGCGGUUAUUGAAGAAACAGAAACUUUGGUCCAGAAUGUGCACACAGACGAUAGUUCUAUUGAUGCGGCGAUACAAGAACACAACGAAUGUAUAGACAAUAAAAUGGGUGAUCUUAAAGCUUCAAUGACACGUCGACAGCAAUCGCCUACAAUCACUAACCCGCUGGGGGAGUUGUUAACGCUGGAAAGUGAACGAGAAAAGGGAAUAAAAUGUGAUGCAAUAACUGAGCCCUGUACCAAAGUUGCAGAAAUUCCCACAUGCCUAAAAGAACAACCUAACGCAAAUACUACUACAACAACAACAACAACUAAUCUGGAAGUAUCCACAAAAGUAUCCGAGGGGACAGAUAAACAUGCCAACUUCUCAAUGGAAGUAAAAGAAUCUGCAAAGUUGACUGCAUUUAAGGCUGAUGAAAUCAUAGAUUCAUCUUCUAGUAGCUUGAAUGAAUCUGUCUCUGGAAAUCCUGAUAUCGCAAUAGAAAUAGUACAAAAAUCUGAUCAAUCAGAAGAAUCGGGAGCAGAGGCAAGUGUGAAUGCAAUUAAUUCACAAUCCACCGCUAAUUCUUCAAUAAAAAUGCAGGAAGCUAUAUCAGCUAAGGAUAACCAAGUCGACCAGAUUGAUGACCAAACAUCAGAUAAACCAAUUCUACCUUCAAGUAGUGACUGCUCAAUGGUGGAGCAACAAAAAAGUGAAAUUACUACAACUAACGAACCUGAAGUGGUUUUGUCAUGUCACAGUCCAGAGUCAACCAAAUUGAGUGUAUCCGAGCAAAAUGAUGCUUCAACUAAUUCUAAAGAUCAAACUGCGUUGACGUUAUUAGAGCGAAACGAAUGUGAAGUGCACGAAGAGUGCGAGAAACCUAGUCUAACUGAGUCCUCCAGCUCUUCGAAAUCCUCUUCCAGCAUAGCUGAUACCAAUCAAGUAACAGGAGAAGUCAAAGCUGCAGUGGAAGUGCAUAAGUCGCGAAUAGCCGAUGAAGUGCAAGCUACAGCAGAAAUGACUGCAAAUUCUUGUUACGAAAGCGAGCAUAAGAAAAAAUGUGAUGCAUCAGAACAUUUAACUGCAGGCUCGGAAUUAGAGAAUUUAACUAUUGGUAUUGAGCAAAGGGAUGCUACGCAAAGUUCUAUCUUGCCACCGAUUUCUGGAGAGCAAUCGGCCAUAAACAAGGCAACGUCAAACAAGGAAACUGAUCCAAUGUCCAACGAUAAAGAACUAGUUGACGAUAGAGUAACUGCAUUAAGUACAUUGAUUGAAUGUUUUGAUAUUAAAGAUGAUGAUACAGCGUCUCCAGAAAUUCUCUCAAAACGAAAUGAGGAAGAAAAACAAUAUAGCGCCAGUAUAUCCAGUUCUUUGAAGGAAACAAUUGCGUUUGAAAGUGUGCAAGAACAAACAAAGGAUGUGGUUACUGAUACCUGGAAAAUAAGUACUGCAUUGCCCAAGGGUGAUUCUGAGAAAAAUGAGGAAUCAGAACUACAAAAGGAACUGGAAGAAUGCUUACCUUCAGAGUACAAUUCGGAGGAAAUAUUGGCUGUGACGACACUGAUCAAUAUGCGUAAAAAAUUCUCUGGUGUAUGUCCAGUGCCCCAGUAUACUGAUGACAAUGCCGGUUUUGAUAAAGUUCCGCUGAAUGUAGAUCAAGAGGAGCAUAGAAAUGUGGUUAACUUUAUUAAACCGAUUUUAAAAUCUGCUUUCAAGGAGGCAGAUGCAAACGACAGUUCAGUGAAAAAGAAAGUGCAUUACGAUGAAGAAAACUUAAAGGAGCUAAUGAUUGAAAAACAGAAAGCUUUAGCGGGUACUUCGAAAUUUCAGAAAAAGGAAAAGAAGCUCCGUUCAGCUGACUGUGUGUUACGCAAAGGCGGUAAUAAAAUUGUAAAGCGACGACUACUGGAAUUAAAUGCAAAUUGGAAUGUAGAGGAAGAAGUUGAUCCGAAGGAUACGGCUGAAGUAAUGCCGGAGGUAAAGAAGAGACGCGGUCGUAAGAAAAUUGAGCAUUUAGUAAUUGAGAAUGUACAAGAAGAACAGUUAGUGGCCACAAAAGUAAAUGAGUCGAAAGAUGUGGCGAAAGUUGUAAAUGCUGAAGACAAUAUUCCUAUCUAUCCGGUGAGUCUUAUUUCGCGGCGAAAGGAUGAGCGCGCUAAAAAGAAGAGGCGAACUAAAGGUGAUCAUAGGGAAUAUGUCGAAGUUGAAGAUGCUGGAUCGGAUUUCAUAGUUCCCGAUGAGAAGGUCACACCAUUACCCGCAGAAAAUCUAGGAAAAACGGUGCCAUCUAAAGUAAAUAUUGCCACUGUGAGUCGAAUAAAUGCUGGUGUGGCGAAACUAAAAUUGAAUGUCACACAAAUGGAUGCGAUGGAAAAACAUGAAGCUCUCGCGAUCGAGAAACAGGACGACAAGUCGUGCAAUUACAUUGAAAAAGAAAUACCUACGGAGAAGCCAUCUUCACAGUUGGCGUUAGCCAAACCGAAAAAGGCAGUAGUAAGAAUUAAACGAAUGAAACCUCAUAUGUAUAACACUGUGAAGCCAAGCCUGAAUAUUGACACGCAUGUUUCAACUCAGCCUGAACCUGCAGCAGCAAUGAGCGUAGACUCAGUUUGUAAAGACCUUUUAGCAUCUAGCCACGAGCAUCCAGUUAAGCCGACAAUUCCUGUUUUAGAAUCAAAUGAUUCUUCAAAUAAAGCACCAUCUUCGUUGGUGAAGUCUAAAAAAGGACGCGUGACUAAAUCUGCCAGAAAAGUAAGAAAGCCAUCUUUAUCUUCGGUCCCAAAUAUUUCCCUGCUAAAUACCGUUCUGCCAGCAGCACAAUCAGCCUCCUCAGAAGAAAAGCAUAUUACAAAAACUACUGAUGAGGUGAAAACUCAGGAUACUAAUUUAUCUUUGAAUGUGUCGGAAGUUUUGCCUGUGAUUGGAAAAAUUUUAGAGACACAAAAUCGCCCUGUGUCAGAUACCGAGAUGAAAACAGAACCGUUAGAGGAGAUUGAAAAUGUUGAAUUCGCGACGGAUAACAUCGAUAUUAAAGAAGAAGAAGUAUCUGUAGACGCUCUUGAUACUCCUCAAUUGUUUUUAAAUUAUGAUUCAACGUCCCAUUCGAAAGAGAUAAUUUUAAAGCCUUCCAAUGUCAUAUUGACUGAAGAAAAGAUAAACAAACAGGCGGCAGCGUUUCGAGGCCAUAAGAAAAGGUAAACAAUUAGGAAACUCAGACAAAGAAGAGACAAACAAGUUUCAAAAGAUACAAGGAUUCAAACAAGACUCAAAGGCAAACAACCUAGUUCGUCGAAUAUAGAAAGUGACAUUUCAACAGCACAACAAGCCAGUAAUAUUGAGGAACCAAACGUGAUCUCUGUCGCACUUAAAAGUCCAAAAAUUGAAGAAAAUUCUUCGGAAGCUUCGUUCGUUGAUCAAGAGAAAUCCAAAGUCGGCUUAGAUUUUGAAUCUGAGGGUGUAGUUGAACAGAAGCAACAGAAUGCAACCAUUUCAGAAAUUAUCAAGACGGCUGAUAUUGAGACUGAAGAUAUCAUGAACAAGAUUGCCAAAAAUGUAAUUGUUGAACUUAAAUUACUAUCGCUCGAAAAUCUACAAAACACCGAAGCUGGCAAAGAACAGAAAGCUGCUGGUGAUAUUGAGAAGAGUAGUGAGUCCCAAACCCUUACAGAGAUAAAUGACUGCGCCGUGGAAAAGUCUGAUGAGGAACAAAAGACAACAGAGCUCUUAGAUACAUCGAUUGAUAUAGUUUUAGGCAACUUCAGUUUUACGAAAAAUACGGAGGAAGAGAGUUCUGUUUCCACUGCAAUUACAGGGCAGUUGGAGAAGGAGGAUCCCAGGCACGCAACUGAAAAAAUCAGAAGACAAACCAUCAAAGAAGACGAAUGCCUUCGAAAACCUUCCAGUCGAAACUCGUUGAAUAGCGUAAAGGAAAUUUCGGCCAAAGUUCCCGAGGCCCUGUUUGCGGACGAUGAAAGUGAAGGCAGCAAUGCUGAUGACAGUGCAAAUGAGCUGUUCUUUGCACCAAUAUUAAGUCUUGAAGAUUUGCUAAUAAAAAAAGCUGAAACAGCUGAUGAUAUAACCGAUACGUAUGAUCAUCAAGAAUCUACUGAGCGCACAGAAGCUGAACAUCCCCAUGAUGGUUUGCGAACUCCUAGUUUUACUCUCGAACUUCGAGCGAAAAGUCCGAUUAAAAACGGUGAGCAAUUAAAAAGAGAACGGGAAAACGCUAAAAAAGCAUUAAAAUGUGGUGGCGGAGGAAAUGAUGGAUUAGGGGAAACUGAUACUGGUUUCCCAUUAUCGGAUAUUACUGACAUUAGUGCAAUUGACAUUCCAAAUGACCUAACUAUAAACAACGAGUAUUCCGAUCUCCUGAACGCAAUGCUCUUCGAACAAGUGCGUGAAUCUAUUGACUGUAUGAUAUCCGUAACGGAUCCCCCUAUCUCGAGCACGCAAGCCAAAUUUGAUCAGGCAAAGACUGUUGUUAGAGUAAAAGAUCAGCGCGACCUGCCACUCCCUCAAGAGAAAGUCACAAUUACCAUCGAUGGUAAGUCGGCAACUGCAAGUGAAAAUGCUCUUGGUAUUAGUCAAGAAAGCUUUCUCAGCGCCAUUAGCCCACUCGAUGAGGUAGAAGUUCCAACCACAGGAUUUGAUUUGGUUGGAAGUUUUACCAUUUCGGACUUCCUGUCAGAUGCAGGUAGUGACUUGUUUCCAUUUUCAGAGCUGGACAAAACUCAAAGUAGAAAUAAUUCGUUUUUGACAGACUCGAAUGCUUGUAAUACACCACCACCAAGACCUCUCCAUGCAGCCGAUGAGCCUGAGCUAAGCGCUGAUAAAAAAGAUGCGAGUAAAACACAUCAGCAUCAUCAAAAUACAACUUCUGUUGAGGCUGAAAAGCCCGGACCAAAAGUUCGCAAAAAGUCAACUUCAUCUAAUCCAUCGAUAUUCCCAGUUGUGCCGUCACCUCAGAAGAUUGUUGCUUCUUCGACAAAGAGUCCGGCAGCGUUGAAUACAUUUUCAAAGUCCAAAUGCCAUCCAAAACCCUUUUGGAAAGUGAUAAAGACAGACAAAAUAAAAACUCCAACACCGUGAAAAGAGGAAGGGCCAACAUCCAACACGCAAAACAUUCAAGAAAUAUCUUCCCCAGCAAAAAUGAAUACCAAAGCUUCACAGUUAGACGAGAAGAGCACAAAAAGCGACGAAAAGAAACUAACUGCAAUCAAUAUGCCGGCCCUCGAAUCAGACAAGGCCGCAAAAGUAGCAGGCGAUAACAUUACAGCAUCGAAAUUUAAAGAUGCCGAAAGUAAGAACGCAAUUGUCACUGAAACUGCAGAGAAGGCAAAAAGCGUUCAGUCCACUGAAAUACCUAAUUUAAACGAAAACAUAUUGAAAGUACCCUUCGCACCUGAGGACGGAUGUGGUUCUGAAAUUUUAAAAGCAAAUGUUUUGGAAAAAGUAGCGUUAAAAAAUAUGACUGAUGACACUCUGACAGAAAUAAUAAAUCCAGUCACAAUAGGGCCGAAGCGUUCCUCAACUCCUAUAGAAAUAACCGAAAUUAUAACAAUUCCGGCACCCGUGAUGCAGCCGAUUAUCAGAUUAGAUAGCCAAACUAAUCGGUUGGAACGUAUAAACCCAGAACCGAGUAUUUCACCGCAAGUUUUUUCGCAUACGUCCCAUGAAAAUCUGCCUAAACAAGUUGUUACUCCAAAUGCAAGUAAAAUCGAAACUGAUAUCAUUCAGCCGCCCAGAAAUUCUACACCGACACUGGAUGAACCGAUCAAAGAUGAAUUCGAGCUUAUUUCACCGAAUAACUCAUUUAUAGUUGAGGAAAUACCGAGCACUUCUAAAGCUAGAAAGUCACUCCAACAACUGGAGGGCCCACCCGCUAAGCGAGUUUGUACUGAAUCUGUCAACAAGCCUGUAUCAACCAAUGAUUUAUUCGAUAUUCUGAAUAAUGAUCCAGCUUCGCCGGCUUUAAGCAAUAAAAUUGAACUAUCGAGUCCAGUUUUAGGUAAUGACCACGUAGCGAAAAGCCUAGGAACAGAAUUUAAUGCCGUGAAAGAUUCUGACAAUAAUGAAUUGGAGAAAAAUGCAGAAAAUAUAAAAGAAGCUGUUCAGGCCCAUACAAGUACUUGUAAAAAUGACACACAAAGCCAAAAAGAAAUGGGAAUUCCACCAACUCAUUCAACUAAUCAAUCGUGCACCGUAAUAUCGAACGAACAGAAAUUAGUUCAGAUCGAUGAUGGCAAGUCAACUGAAAUGAAAAUUCAAGGUGAGCCAGGAGUAAAUGUUUCUAAGUCUAUUGUGCACAAUCAACCGACAUCCAUUAAAUGCACCGUAGACAACUAUCCGAACAAGGCUGCAGCUUCAAAAGAUGAGUUAAAAACAUUAGAAAAACCCGAUGUUAAGAAUGUAGCGGGGCCGCCUGAGCAAUGUGCAGGAACUUGCGAAAAGCAAAGGAACGUUCCGUUAAAUUCGGACUCACCGAAAGAUUUACCCCCAAAACCAAUUCCUACUAUAAUACUUGGUAAUAAAUUAGGCACAAAGCAAAGUAGUGUUUCCUCUGUCGUUUUAUCUUCACCGCAGAAAUAUUACAUCCUACGCAGAAACUUAGUGCAAAUUAAAACACAAACUCCUACUACUAUGGGUCUAAGCUUACCGAAAAAAGCAAAUCUCUUAACCAAUAUAAAUCUAAAUAUUAAUAAGAGAAAUGAAAAUGAUCUCAAAACCUGCAGUGUAAUAUCAUUGGAAGAAAAAGUAAUCAAUUCUCCACAACCGGCGUCAGUUAAAUCAAGCACUGAUAUUAAAGCUACAGAAAUAAGCAACUCUCCACAGCAGGUAGCUUUUCAAUCAAACACUGGUAUCAAAUCUAAAGAAAAAGACAAUUCUCCACAGGAGGUGGCCAUUCAAUCAGACAUUGAUGUAAAAUCUAAAGAUGUGGAAAACUCUCCACAGCAGCUCACAGUUAGACCACACAGUGGUAUUCAAGUUGAAGUGCACAAUUCUCCAAAACCUCUGGCUGUAAAAUCAAACACUGGUAUUAAAACUAAAGAAGUAGGCAAUUCUCCACAACAGGUGGCUAUUAAAUCAAACACUGUUAUAAAAUCUAAAGAAGUAGAAAACUCUCCACAAAAGGUCCCAGUUAGGUCACACAGUGGUAUUAAAGCUGAAGUGCACAAUUCGCCACAACUUUGGGCUGUGAAAUCAAGCACUGGUACCAAAUCUAAAGAAAUAGAAAACUCUCCUCAACUAUUGGCUGUAAAAUCAAACAGUGAUACCAAAGCUACAAAUGUUUCCCCAUACCAAACUCCUUCUAUAUCCCCACGCACAACAGCACCGCCAAAACAAACAUUGUUGGCUGCAUCGGCAUUACCCUCCAGUAAAACCAAUCGUUUCCAUCCAUACCAAAAGUCUCAAACAACGCUCAAUAGUCCAAACACUGAAAAAAAUAAACCAACCCAUUCAAAGCAAAACAUUUCUGCAGCAGCAGAAAGUGUCGCUCACCGAAAGAAGGAAACUACAAGACCCGAUAAGGCAGUUUUGCAACGUCCCACCUCAACCGCGACAACACUGCCUGCAAUGCAAUCUCGUCCAACACCAAAUCAUCCAUCUUCGUUUGUUACCAACUCGACUCAUACUGAUGCAGCGAUUAAAAAGCUAUCGGCUGAAGAUGAAGCUGAAUUAGCUGAAAAGCUACGACGGUAUCGUGCCACAUUAUCGUUCGCCAAAACCUAUAGUGAGCAUAAAGAAAAUCAGCGCCUGAUAAAAGCACAAGAAGAAAAAUUGCGUUUCGAACUUUUGGAGAGAGCAAAUCGUCGCAAAGGGCAACAAUUACGUGCCGAAGCGCAACGCCUUAAACGUAAAUCAACUACAGAAUUAUAUGAGACGCAUUGCAAAAACAUGUCGAUACAAUCUGUAAAAUCUGAUGCCACAACUACUAGCAGAAGUGGUAGUAGUCAUCAGCACAGAUCUAAGCAAUACCCACCACAGCACCAUAAAAUGCGACCAAGAUCUCACUACGAGUAUGUAAACAAAUUUGGAGAAAUCGAAAAACUGAUCGAAAAAGAAAGUAAUAUAAUUAAACAUGUUGAACCUAAAAGUUCCGUUCCGCUGACUACAUCCACAGCUUGGGAACCAAAAAUGCCAACCAGUGACGAAUUGAUUGAACUAUUCAGUAAAACAAGGAAAUCGUAGAGUAAAAAAGGAAGGGUAUGAAAAUGCGUAAGUUGAACAGACAGAUUUUAAUAUUACAACCCCGUUAAUGAUUAAAAAAAUAUUAAUGCUAAUAUUUGCAUUAAUGAUUGACGAAAUUGAAAGUAGUUUUUGGGUAAGCAAUGCACGCAUGUAUGCAUGUGUAUAUGUAUGUAUAACUUAACACAACUACUUAAGCACUUUCGUUAUGCAGAAAUCUAUGAAUCGGUUGAAUGAGCUACGAAAGGAAUUUUUUUUUAUAUUACCUACGCUUUAACAACGAUUUAUUAAAAUUGCUUAAUAAGUCCGUUAAUCAACUUUACGACUCUAUUAUGCAAUGGUAUAGUAAGUACCUAGAUAAUUAUGCUCAAAACGUACGUAAAUAUAUGUAUAUCAAUUGAAAUUAUAUUUAUACAUAUUUACAUUGAUUAAGAUUUAGCAGAGCCCCUAUUUUUAUUCAAAUUUAUUGCACAAUUUUAGUAAAUGCGCUCGCAUAUAAGUUACAGAUUUAAUACAGACCAGAGAUGAAUGCAUAAACUAAAUAUAAAUGUGAAGAGGUUCUUUUUAAAUGAUAAAGAAGAAGUCCCCUCUUUUUCUGGCAACUGAAUUCGAAACUUUUUAACUUAACGCCAAGAAUGCCAUGAGCACAACGUGGUUAAAAGCUGUUGACAGGUCUUCAAUUCAUUUGCUUGCAAAACUAAAAACUGGGUCUCUCGCUCGAUCGUGUUCGAUGGGUCCCACGCGCUGAACCUACGCUUAUUCAUUAUGUAUUUUAUAGCAAGAUUUUGAAGUUUACAAUCAUGAAGUUUGAUACGAUUACUUGCGCUUGAGUCUACGGCAAGGCUUGUAUUGCCUUUUUCACAGCGCAAAUACGAGCUCUGUUGCUGACUAUUUCUUUGCUCAUAAAAUGUUCAAAAGCCUACUUCUCAUGGCCCAGUAUCCAUGCUGCAUCCAAAAAAUGUUGCAAUGACGCACUUUUUGUGGUUAUGCUAUAAAUCGAAUACUUCACAGAAGAGUUAGGUUUCUUACUCUCAACAGAAAUGUUUUUAAGAACGUCUAAUCUGACAAUUUGGCGCAGCUGAACAUUUAACAACAACAAUACAUUGGUUUAGGCUCCAUCUACAAGAACAUCGGAGUUGCAUUAUUUGACUCGCUAAAAAGUUGUAGAUCUGGCUAAAGUUAAGUAAUUAUAUGUAACACUAUUUAAAUAUAUAUCUGCUUAAAUGCACUAGCCAUAGGGAUCUAAUAAUUAAUGAAUUUUGUUGAAAGCGCAGUUGCGUAUUUAAGCACUAUAGCGACACAACAACCUCUUUUAUUGUCAUUAUUUUUAUUAAUUUUACGAGUAUAUAAAUAUA